ACAGGGGGAGGAGCAGGAAUUGGAUCAUGACUGUGGGGGGAAAUCUCAUUGCCUAGCAAUGCUGGGGACCUGGCCUAACUCCAGCCCCCAGUAAUCCCCUGGAAUGUCCACAUUCUGAAAGUCUCCUAUGUGUUCAAGCUGGGAAUUCCCCUAGUUGGCUUUACUCCCUUCCUGACUUCAAGACGAUUCUGGGUUUCCCCCAUCUGGAUUCCUGUCCACCUGCAGCCACAAUAUAUUCUUGCUUCUCCCCACCCCCACCCAUCGCCUUGGAGUUGCUUCAUGGACUUUGCCAUUUCCCCAAACUCAGCUGCUUUCUCGGGGUGGGGCUAGAGACCAGCAUCUAGCAAGUGGAGCGGAUCACCUAAAAUUUCACAAGUAGCUGGACUGCAGUGGUGCUGCCCAAACAGAAGCUGCUAGGAUUCAGAAAGGCAACAGACCAGGGAGAACCAGAAAUGCAGCUUUUUUGGGACCAGCUGUUCUGCAUUCUCAUUGCCCUCGGGGCAUUUUAUACAGGUAAGCUGUCACAGCCAGGCACAAAUUGCUUCUGAGAGCUGUGAAUUUCACACAGUGCCUAAUUGUAGUCAGUGGUGCCUUGAGGCCAGAACUCCUUCAGCCUCAACCAAGAGACCUGUGGCACCUUAAAGACUAACGCAUGUAUUUAUUUACGAUGGUUAAGAAUGGGGGGGGGGGGUAUUUGAUUGAGUCAUCAUUUAAAGGCAAGCCUACCUAAUUCACAGUUUCUGAAUACGCAACUAGAAACACAGCCAUCCUUCAGAAUUGCGCUUCUCAAAAUUUUGCAGUGUAAAAUGUGACUACAGUGGUACCUCAGGUUAAGUACUUAAUUCGUUCUGGAGGUCCGUACUUAACCUGAAACUGUUCUUAACCUGAAGCACCACUUUAGGUAAUGGGGCCUCCUGCUGCCACCGCACCACCAGAGCACGAUUUCUGUUCUCAUCCUGAAGCAAAGUUCUUAACCUGAAGCACUAUUUCUGGGUUAGCGGAGUCUGUAACCUGAAGCAUAUGUAACCUGAAGCAUAUGUAACCUGAGGUACCACUGUAUACAAAAAUGCAUUAAGUCAGGGAUAACUGAUUUGUAAAAUGGUGUACACAGAAAACGUGAGAAAGAUGCAUUGAAAUGCAGAUCAAUUUUCAUGGGGACUUUAAAAAACAAAAUCACGACAGAAGCUUUGGUGGACUAAACACACUUUGUUGGAUGGUGAGAUGGACUUUAGUACUCAAAACUUCGUGACAUCGUCAUAGAGAAAUGUGUUUAUAUGUUGGUUUUGCUGCUACAGACUAACAGAACUACUGACCCUCUUACCUGGAAAUUUCUCUUUGAGAUAAUGCCGUUUGGGAUACAGUGGUACCUCAGGUUAAGUACUUAAUUCAUUCCGGAGGUACGUACUUAACCUGCAAUUGUUCUUAACCUGAAGCACCACUUCAACUAAUGGGGCCUCCUGCUGCCGCCGCGCUGCCAGAGCAUGAUUUCUGUUCUCAUCCGGAAGCAAAGUUCUUAACCUGAAGCACUAUUUCUGGAUUAGCAGAGUCUGUAAUCUGAAGCGUAUGUAACCUGAAGUGUACAUAACCCGAGGUACCACUGUAAUUCAUUCAGGAUAUUUGCUUUGAUGCAGAGCAGCUGAAAAGAAUUCAAAGCCCUUUUUGAAAUCCUAUGAUGAAUGUUGAUGCUAAAUAUUUGCCAGAUAUUUUCUGAAUACUCAUUUCCCCAAUAUCGACAAUUUAUGUGAUUUUUGAAAGUAUUGAGUCUCUGGAAGCAUUUGGUAGCUGGCGUUCAAUGCUACUCAUCUGGCAAUUUGUCUGAUUUCACAUACGAAGCUUGGCAAAAUAAUCAAGGGGUUGUUGGGUGGAACGCUCAGAUUUUGCGUGUACUUAGCAUGUUUUUAUUUUUGAAAUUUGAAUCCAAAGCUUCACUCUUAAAUUUUGAGGGGCAAAAUUGGAAAAGCAGGAAAUCUGCAAGUGUACAUUUUAGCUCCACUCAGGCCUCGGAGCCACUUCAAAUGUUACAAAAUUCCUGCAGGGGAGCAUUUGGGUGUAGAAAGUUGGAAUGCAACCCACCUGUCUGGGAUGAUAAAAUACAUGCCUGAUUUAUGUGUCUGUGUCCUGGGGAGGUUUGUACUCCGUGCAAAAAUCCACAUGUAUAUUUGACACGCGUUGUGAGUUGUAGUUUAAUUCCUGCAUCAAAGUGCUUUUAGCAUAUGAUUUUUGUAGUGUUUGCAGCAGGUUUACCAAAAAUUCCUAGAGAAUCAGGUUACCAAUGGCUACCUAGCCGCAAUGGCUAUGUUCUACCUCCACUGAACAGCAGCUGAAUCACAAGUGGAAACUCGGGACCUGCUUGUAGGCUUCCCAGAAGAAGCUGGUUGAUCACUGUGAGAACAGGAUGCUGGCUUGUUAUGUUUUGUCUUAUGUUGUGGUCCAGUGAAGAUUUCCUUUCUGCUGGGGCAUAAAGAGACUAGUUCUCAUUGAGGUGAUAAACUUAUAUGUGGCCACUGCACCUCAGAUUGCAAGUGGAGGCUUAGAUGCUUGAAUAGGUAAUGGUAAAGGGACCCCUGACCAUUAGGUCCAGUCGUGGCCGACUCUGGGGUUGCGGCGCUCAUCUCGCUUUAUUGGCCGAGGGAGCCGGCGUACAGCUUCCGGGUCAUGUGGCUGGCAUGACUAAGCCGCUUCUGGCGAACCAGAGCAGCGCAUGGAAACGCAGUUUACCUUCCUGCCCGAGCGGUACCUAUUUAUCUACUUGCACUUUGACAUGCUUUCGAACUGCUAGGUUGGCAGGAGCAGGGACCGAGCAAUGGGAGCUCAGCCCGUUGCGGGGAUUCGAACCGCCGACCUUCUGAUCGGCAAGUCUUAGGCUCUGUGGUUUAACCCACAACGCCACCCACAUCCCAGAUGCUUGAAUACUCUCCCAUAAAUGCAAUUCCCUCCGUGGAAAAUACAAGAUGUCAGGGAGAGAGGUUCUAGCUUAGGCUCUUUGCUGUUACGCUACUUAUCUGUGCACAUGGAUUCUGGAGUGGUGCAGGUUAGCCAUAAGGGUUACAAAUGCCAUAAAACCCAGGUUGGAGUCUAUGUUUCUUUUUUCGGCUUUGCAAUUUUAAAAUAGGGAAAGUAGUUAGGAGCAAUGUUUCGGCUUGGGGGCGGGAUACCUGACUUCAGGAAAUGUGUCUGUAUAAACAGAGUCUUGGAUUAGCCAUUAUACUAAAUACACUAAGCUGUACGGUCAGAGACCAAAAGUGGAGCUCUUGCGAUUCUUGCGAAUUUCCCAACGAGAAUAAAUCAACAUUGCACCAUCUGAGUCUUUGUGUGUGUGCUUGCGUUCGGUAGAUAGCAGAAUGGUGAAUUCAGAUUUGGGAAGGGCAAGAUCCUGUGGUUUCCUCAGCUAUGAAGCAUGCUGGGAGGCCGGGGACAAGGCCCGGGCCUGUUUCUCCUCAUGUUCCCUCAUGUAUAGUGACUGAUUGAUCUAAAAAGCUGCCACCUCUUAUAUUUCCAUAUCAUUUAUGGUGUCUUCUAAACUGGUGAGAAAGUUGAUGGUUAUAUAUUUCCAGAUGGAGGCAGCAACUAUGUUUGUAGCUCCAAAGCUUUUGUGGGCACCAGGGAAAAACCUCAAGGGCACCUUUGUGCCCAUGGGCACCAGGUUGGCUCCCAGUAUGUUUCCCAGCACAAUUCAAAGUGUUGGCGCUGAACUUUAAAGCCCUAAAUGGCCUCAGCCCAGUAUACCCCCAUCGUUCUGCCCGGAUACUGAGGUCCAGCGCCGAGGGCCUUCUGGCAGUUCUCUCACUGUGAGAAGUAAGGUUACAGGGAAGCAGACAGAGGGCCUUCUUGGUAGUGGCACCUGCCCUGUGGAACACCCUCCCAUCAGAUAUCAAGGAAAUAAACAUCUAUCUGACUUUUAGAAGACAUCUGAAGGCAGCCCUUAUUACGGAAGCUUUUAAUGUCUGGUGUUUUAUCAUAUUAUUAUUAUUAUUAUUAUUAUUAUUAUUAUUAUUAUGUUGGGAGCCACUCAGAGUGGCUGGGGAAACCCACCCAGAUGGGCAAGGUAUAAAUAAUAAAUUGUUGUUGUUGUUGUCAUUUUAUUAUUAUUAUUAUUAUAGUUAAUAUUCUGUUGGGAGCCACCCAGAGUGGCUGGGGAAACCCACCCAGAUGGGCGGGGUAUAAAUAAUAAAUUGUUGUUGCUGUUGUUGUUAUAGCAACCCCAGAAGUAAAAUAAUGGCAGAUAAUGAAGGGGUACAGUUAGGGUUACCCCCCCAAAAAAGCCCUAAAACUGUCUGUGAAUUCCCCCCCAGCCAGGCCUCAAAAGCCUCGCCUCGAGCAUUUUAAAAACUGCAUUUUCCUCUAAGACAAAAUGCAUUAGCUAAGCAUUCUGCGCUUGCUGUAACUAAAAAAAAAAAGAUUGCAACAAGGUAGAGAACAGAGCCCAUUGUCUUCUCAGGCCUUUCUCAGAGCCUUUGGCCUUGCUAAAGAACCACAUUGCAACUUGCUUUCUGUCCAGGAACCGUGCCAAAGCACAAGAAUGAAACAACGGGAACACUCUGAAAACCCUCUCACCCCCUUCCUGGGAAAAGUCCAAAAAUGGUCCCAAGACAGCUUUCUGUUCAUGCUCAGAGGAACUCCUGGGCAGGACUCUUGAAGAAGGGGGAGGGAACUAGGAAGGGGGAUAUAAACUCUGUGCAAUGCCUGUGAACUUCGUGCUUGUUUGUGACUUAUCACACUAGCUCCUCUGCCCACCCGGGAUGGCAGAAUAAAGCUCUUUCUCUGGAUUUAACCCCUUGGUGUCGUUUGGCUCCUUUUCGUCCCAGCUCGGGUGCAACAUUUUUCCUACCCAUGGUUUAAAGGGCCUAAAAAGGCUGCAAUACCAUAGGCAGGCUGCAAAGCAAAAUCUGGCCACUUAUGAGUGUCUCUUUUGGGCAUGUUAAGAAAUCUCAGUCAGCUGGAGCAAUGUCUGCACUUUGAUGCGCACAAGCAGGUUGUGUGGGCUGUCAGUGGUGAUCUGAACCUUUUCCUUCUUUUUAACUUUCUGCUUUUUUCCUUUUCCCUCAGAUGCAGCUGAUAAUGCCUGUGACCCCCAAACCGCUGAGAUUGCUGGGGGACAGUAUACAGUACUGGAAAACGGCACUGUGCUGAAAUAUGAGUGCCCAGAUGGGAAAUACCCAUACCCUACAGACUACCGGUUUUGCCAGUACGAUGGGACAUGGAGCCCCAUGCAGAAUGCACUGAAAAGCCGCGUCUCCAAGGCCAGUUGCCGAAGUACGAUAGAGCACUCAAAUAUGCCAAUUUAUUGUUAAUCUAGACAUUUGUAGGGCAAAUGCAUCUGUUCUUGCUUUCUGAUUUUGCCACGGCUAGUCCUCCACAAAUGUUACCUUUAUCUAUUAUUUUCAUAUGGUGAAUAUUAAUCUUUGCCAACUGAUCGGGGGACAUAGACCUUGGCCUGCUCCUGUGUCUUUUAACAGCACCUGAUUCUGCCAAACGCAGCAACGACAGGGAAACAUUUCUCUGAUGUGGAGAUAUGCAUUGCAGCGCCUGCUAAUAUCUACAGUUCAAGCUGCAGUUAAAGACUUAGCACUGUAGGCUGCUAGAAAAGUUGGCACAUCUGAUAAGAUCUGGCGGCUCCUCCAAACAACUUAUUUAUUAAGCAUUCCUCUUGGCUUGCUUGCACAAAGCUUACACAGUGGUUAGAGUAUAUCCAGUCUUUAUUGAGGUUUCAUUCUGAUUUGCUUACACAUCUUCCCGUUUAUCGCUUGUUUAUCUCACAAUCUUUAAUACAUUUCACUGUCACUUACCAAACUGCAAAAAGCCCACUUCUUUUAAUAAGUGGAUUUGUUGUGCUACAACAACAGAGCCUUUUGAUCUACUUUGAAUUGUGCAAACCUCAUGUUCUGGUAUGUCCCUCCUGAUGUCUGAGUUUUUACUGGUGUCCUGAUGGCCUUUGACUUCGAUGUAGCGCAACAGACGUCGCUGUGAGAAUUGCAACUUGAGCCUUCUCCAACUUUUCAAAUAGCAUUUGGGGCUGGAACAGCCUCAGAGGACCAGGACAGGAUUGGCUUCAUAUGGCAGAAAUUGAGGAUUGUAUGGGGGGAAGAGGAGAUGUUUGAUUGGUCAGAGGAUGCAGACCAGUUACUAGAUCCUACUUACUGACAUUUGCUAUUCCUUCCAGACAUCACCUGCUCCAGGCCUCUGGAUUUCGAAAAUGGCCUAUAUGAGCCCCGCCAGAGGUCCUACAAUGUAGGCCAGGAACUGAGGUUUGAGUGCUACCAGGGUUACACACUGCGGGGGUCACAUAAUCGCACCUGCCUCCCCAACGGGAAAUGGAAUGGAGAGACAACCAUAUGCGAUGAUGGAGGUGAGUUUAGCGUGCAUUUACUGGCAGGCUCUGCCAGUUUCUCCUUUUGGGGAGAGAGGGGUUUCAUUUUUCUUCGCUUCCGUCUUUCAAUUCUAUCCAUCUGGCACCUUCUGUGUGGUUAGUCAAGACCUGAGUCACAAUAUGAAACCAAAGCAACUUGCACAAACUCUGCUCCUCUGCAAGCUGCGCUUGGUAAGGUAAACGCUUGCAAGAACAUGAAUCUCUAGAUCGAGAUCCUUGCAAAGAGUGCAACUUUGCUGCAGGUCACACUAUUUUUCGCAAGAGGUCGACUGCAAAUCUGUUUAAAAGCAUUCAGCUGCUUUUAGCUUUUAUAAUAUGGAACAGUGGCCUGGUGGCACUAGCUUACUUUGCUGCAUGAUGAAUAUGAGGAUUCCUGAAAUAACAGGCACUGUGAAUAACUAGGGAAGGAGGAGUCUACAUCUUUGGGAGAGUUUUGGGCAUUGGCAGAUAGCUGUUGCAUGCAUACAGCAGUUCCGAGACACAAAAACAUGUUGUUGUUGUUGUUGUUUAGUCGUUUAGUCGUGUCCGACUCUUCGUGACCCCAUGGACCAGAGCAUGCCAGGCACUCCUGUCUUCCACUGCCUCCCGCAGUUUGGUCAAACUCAUGCUGGUAGCUUCGAGAACUGUAUCCAACCAUCUCGUCCUCUGUUGUUCCCUUCUCCUUGUGCCCUCCAUCUUUCCUAACAUCAGGGUCUUUUCCAGGGAGUCUUCUCUUUUCAUGAGGUGGCCAAAGUACUGGAGCCUCAGCUUCAGGAUCUGUCCUUCCAGUGAGCACUCAGGGCUGAUUUCCUUAAGAAUGGAUAGGUUUGAUCUUCUUGCAGUCCAUGGGACUCUCAAGAGUCUCCUCCAGCACCAUAAUCCAAAAGCAUCAAUUCUUUGGCGAUCAGCCUUCUUUAUGGUCCAGCUCUCUCUCACUUCCAUACAUCACUACUGGGGAAACCAUAGCUUUAACUAUACGGACCUUUGUUGGCAAGGUGAUGUCUCUGUUUUUUAAGAUGCUGUCUAGGUUUGUUAUUGCUUUUCUCCCAAGAAGCAGGCGUCUUUUAAUUUCGUGGCUGCUUUAUAGCAACAGCUACAUAACUGUGCUUCUGUUCUCCUACCUAGCGGGCCACUGCCCCAACCCUGGCAUCCCCAUUGGUGCCCAAAAAGAUGGCACCCAAUAUCGAAUUGAAGAUCGAGUCCGCUACAGUUGUGACAGAGGACUCUCUUUUGUGGGAUCCAAAGAGCGGAUUUGCCAAGAAUCAGGAGCCUGGAGUGGAUCAGAACCGGAAUGUAGAAGUGAGCUGGGGGAAACAUACGUGGUCUGGAAUUGGAGGUUAAAUCCUGGAGGAGUGGACCAAGAACUGUGACCAUGUUAGGGAUGCCAUACAUCUGGAAUUUCCUGGACAAUGCCGGGAUUUGGUUGCCGAAAGUCACAUCCAGGCGGUAUUUUCGUCAGCCGGUUUAAAUGUCUGGGAAAACCUGGACGUAUGGCAACCUAUUGUGGAAUUGUGGUUUUUCCCUGAAUUUUUCAAAAAAUUGCUCAGAAACUGGUAUUUUGGGGGGAGAUUUUGCAAAAGCACCACAAAACACCUCACCAACUUUGACCCAAAACAAAAGUUUCUACUUCCUGAAAUAUGGUAACCCAGGUUUAUCCAAAAAUAAAUUAUUACUGGGGAAUAACCAGCUUUCGCUUCAUUUUUGUUCAUGCAUUCAAGGUUGACAUGGAUAACAUGUAAUAGCCAGUCAUGAAUGGGCUUCAGGCUGAUGUGCUCUGCCCUCCCUCUUACCCUCUUUCAAGUCUAAUUUCCUUCCUCCCUUCCUGGUUUUAAACAAACUGUAGUUUACCAUGAAACCCAAAUCCAACAAACUGCAGUUUGCAUCCACAUCAGAACUGGAAUCCCAUUUCAAACUGUGUUUCUAGUUCCAUUUUGCAAAUGCAAGGGCAUGAUGUUUUGGGGUAACUAUCAGUUGUCUGGGUGGCGCUGUGGGUUAAACCACAGAGCCUAGGACUUGCUGAUCAGAAGGUCAGCGGUUUGAAUCCCUGUAACGGGGUGAGCUCCCGUUGCUCGGUCACUGCUCCUGCCAGCCUAGCAGUUUGAAAGCACCUCAAAGUGCAAGUAGAUAAAUAGGUACCGCUCCAGCGAGAAGGUAAACGGCGUUUCUGUGCGCUGCUCUGGUUCACCAGAAGCGGCUUAGUCAUGCUGGCCACAUGACCCGGAAGCUGUACGCCGGCUCCCUUGGCCAAUAAAGCGAGAUGAGCGCCACAACCCCAGAGUCGGUCACGACUGGACCUAAUGGUCAGGGGUCCCUUUACCUUUACCUUUACCUAUCAGUUGUCUGAUUCAUGGGAUGGGGUGGGGGGAAGCCAACCAUAUCUGGCGAGAUCAGAGGCCCCCAUCCUUUGACCUUCAUCCUUUUCAUCAAGUUUGCUCAAGCUGGCUUCAGAAUCUCCUUGCGCGAACAAGUUCUUAACACUCCAGAUUGCUAAUUCCCUCUCUCCCCCUUUUCCUCCCCAGACCCUUUCACCUUUGACACUCCAGAAGAGGUCUCCUCCAAGUUCAUCUCAUCCCUCACUGAAGUGGUCGAGUCUGCAGAUUCCAACAGAAAUAUUUGUAAGUUUCUGAGAGCAAAGUGGGGUUUUGGGCAAGGAUACCCCUGGUCCAAUUUGCAGGUGUGGGACAACCACAUUGUGAGAUGCUCCCCAUUUUCCUGAGUGGUAAGAUAACCCAGGAAAGUGCUACCAAAUUUCCUCUGGAGCAAACAGCACUAGGAACAUUGCUUAUUUUUGAGAUGGUACUCUUUCCUCUAUAGUUUGAUUAGGUGUGUUUGCAAUGGUUUCUUUUUGACAAAUAUAUAAGCUGGGUGUGAGCUGAGCGAAGGCAAACAGCAAUACAGUCGUACCUCGGGUUACAGCCACUUCAGGUUGCGUUUUUUCGGGUUGCGGACCACCAAAACCCAGAAGUACCAGAAUGGGUUGCUUCCGGGUUUCAGCGGUUGCGCUUUGCGCAUGCGCAGAAGUGCUGAAUCACAACCCUCACGGACACGGGUUGCGAACACUGUGGGUUGCGAACGUGCAUCCUGCACAGCUCACGUUCGCAACCCGAGUGUCCACUGUACUCCUGUGAGGCAGAAGAUCCCACCUAGGGAGUGUUGUAGAAUUCAACCAAAAAGGGGAAAUGGGAGCAGAAAUUUUCAAUGUUUACUUACUUAUCCUAUGCCCUGAACAGAGCUCAAUCCAGCCAACAUGAUCAUUGUUGUUGUUGUUGCUGCUGCUGCUACUGCUUUCAGUUUGGAAAUGAUACAUAAUUUAUUUGGGGGUUUUCUCCACCUGUAUUGUGUUUUCUUUGCAUUGAAACAAAUGGGGUGGAAUAACAAAAUCACAAUGUAACUUACUUAAUUGACACAACUGUGUAAUUAAUUACCUAAGUUACCUCAUUUCUUCACGGUGGACAGGAAGAGGAGUUGCAGCUGAACAAAAACAGUGCUGUACAUGGCAAAUUCUUUCCCCCCUCUUUAAUAUUUCCCUGUACCUUUGCAAACCUUGGGAGUUAUUCUUGGGUGUGGAUGGUGUUGCCUGACCCACGUAAGCAGCAACCCUAAUGUCUGAAGGCUUACUAUCCACUUAAGUUCUACUCAAGAGUAGGCCCAUUGCCUCUCUCACCACCAAAGGAACACAAGUGAACAGCAGAGAACCUGCACAAGCAACGCUGACACAAAAAAACCCACAUAUCAUAGCUGUCAACUUUUCCCUUUUCUUGUGAGGAAUCCUAUUCGGAAUAAGGGAAUUUCCCUUUUAAAAAAAGGGAAACGUUGACAGCUAUGCCACAUAUAUUAAGUAAAAUAGAAACAUCACCACCUGACCCACCCCCACUCAUCUUUUUCCCCCUCCACCUCUUCCCCCCUAUUCUUCCUAAUGUCUCAACAAAUGAAACCGAUUUGUUUAAAAAAAAAUGUUACAUGGGGGGGGAAUACGAGAGAGAGAUAUUGCACAUACCUUUGUAAAUCAAGAAAAUCUAUAAUAAAAAUACAUUUUAAAAAAAGAGUAGGUAAAGGUAAAGGGACCCCUGACUAUUAGGUCCAGUCGUGGCCGACUCUGGGGUUGUGGCGCUCAUCUCGCUUUACUGGCCGAGGGAGCCAGCGUACAGCUUCCGGGUCAUGUGGCCAGCAUGACUAAGCUGCUUCUGGCGAACCAGAGCAGCGCACGGAAACGCCGUUUACCUUCCCGCCGGAGCGGUACCUAUUUAUCUACUUGCACUUUGACGUGCUUUCGAACUGCUAGGUUGGCAGGAGCAGGGACUGAGCAACGGGAGCUUACCCCGUCGCGGGGAUUCGAACCGCCGACCUUCUAAUCGCUAAGUUCUAGGCUCUGUGGUUUAACCCACAGCGCCACCCGCGUCCUCCCCCCCCCCCCAAAAAAGACUAGGCCCAUUGAAAUCCAUGAACCUAAGUUAGCAGUGUCUAUUAUCCUCAAUGGAUUCCCUCUGAGUAGGACCAAGACAGCUCAGAGGAAACAAGGGGGACGACCUGCAACAAAAUGUAGUCUGGAGUGCUGUUGUUCAGGAUUUCAGUUACUUGUUUCUAUUCUCCCUCCCUGCCUUUCCAGUUUUCACACACACACACACACACACACACCUUGCAUCAAACAUUUCGCAUCCCAUGACCACUGAGCAUGUUCAGUCCUCAGUGGGCUGUUUGGUUGGUUCCUUCCCACUAUUUUUUUUGGGGGGGGAGGUUGCUAACCUUUGCUGAUACCUCCCCUCUUGUGGCUCUUUCCUCCCCACAGCUGCUACAGGGAAGCGUAAAAUCAAGAUUGAGGUUGAUGGCUCAAUGAAUAUCUACAUUGUCCUUGACGCCUCCCGGAGUAUUGGUCAGCCAACAUUUCGCAAAGCUCGGGAUGCAAUCAUCAAGUUCAUCGAGAAGGUGUGGUAGGCUGAGAAACUUUCUGUGUUCUCCCUUUCCCCAAGAAGAGCAGCAUGGGAUCAGUGUAGAAGUAGAGGUCUGCUGUAAAGCCCCUACUCUAUUGACUAGGAUCAUCAGUGGAAUAAAAAGUUGUCAGAUCUGGGUGGAAACCUUGGUAGGGAGCAAAGCUGAAUGGGAAGGAGGAAGGGAAGCAGGCUCCAGGCAUCUAGGUUCUGAGUCUUGGAGAAGGAGCUGACAGUUAGUCCAAGGAGGCCAAAAGUCAGAGUAGGUGAGUGGUUCGUAACAGGGGGCUGAGUUCCAGGACAGAGGGCCCAGAAGAGGAUAUAUAGUCAGUUGGAGAGAGGUUUGGAAGAGAGAUUGUUACUGUUUUGUAGCAGCAUUAGCACAAUGGCAAUUGCUCCAAGCACCUUAAAACUUGGUUAGAUUUACAUCUGCCCUCAUCCACCUUUAAACAGACAUUUCCCAUGAAAAUACUUAGGCUAGAAUAAAUCACAGAACUUAGCUUUGCAAAUAAGUGAAGAUUUUACUCACAGAGUUUGGUAGUUAUAGCAAACAAGCCUACAUCCGUUAGUAGUAAAAGUAAAGAAGAACAAGAGUUCCAAACAACUUAAAAAGAAAGAACUUGGUUUCCUUAAAAAAUUAUAAUGCAGAAGAUGCAGGCAGUGAAAAUCUAUUUUAGAGGGAUUCAUUUAUUUGCAGGAUCAGUUGAGCUGGGAGCCAUGCUGCAGCUCCAGUGUUUUUUCCAGGAAAGGCCGAGGGAGAGAGAGGCAGAUGCUUUCUCAAGAGACAAUGCUCUUGUACUGAGGGGAGUAGCUUCUGAGGCUAGGGCUUUAUAGGGCCAGGUGGGCAGGGAUUGGCCAUUGGCAUCAGCUGACCAAGUAAGCCCUCAGACAUGCUGCUAAUGCAAGCUAGAUGAUGCUCUCGAUGCACAAAUUUUAGUCUGCUAGACUUGCUGUGGUAACAGAGAUGGGGCAGGAAGGUAGACACUGGAAUCUGACUAUUGGGAUUUCCAGGAGAAGAUAUCAGAAUCCUGGCACCUUGCAAGCAGAACCCAACAGUUUGAGGAGGUGAAAAGAGUGAGAACCUAGUAAUUUCCAGGUUUGGAAGGAAUGCAACCCAAAGUAACAACCCCUAAUCCUGUAAUUUCUACACUGAGGUAGAAGAUGGUUAACUUAGUUCAUCCCUCCCUCUCCUGAAAUGGUUUCUGGUUGUCCUCAAAGAUGGAACUCACCACGAAAGCUGUCUGCCGACCUGAAGUGUGCAAAACAACAACAAUAUGUUACGUGAAACAUAUUCAAUAAACACACAAGACGUAACCGGCUGUACUUUUGAAUACUGUUCAUGGUAUCAAAUUGUAGAUUUCAGCAGCUUCUACUAUGCUAUAAGAUCCACUGUCCUGUGAUAUCAUAUAUGAGUUUGUACUACUGAUGAGAGGGACACGGGUGGCGCUGUGGGUUAAACCACAGAGCCUAGGACUUGCCGAUCAGAAGGUCGGCGGUUCGAAUCCCCGUGACGGGGUGAGCUCCCGUUGCUCUGUCCCAGCUCCUGCCAACCUAGCAGUUCGAAAGCACGUCAAAGUGCAAGUAGAUAAAUAGGUACCGCUCCAGUGGAAAGGUAAAUGGCGUUUCCGUGUGCUGCUCUGAUUCGCCAGAAGCGGCUUUGUCAGCUGGCCACAUGACCCGGAAGCUGUCUGUGGACAAACGCCGGCUCCCUCGGCCAAUAAAGCGAGAUGAGCGCCGCAACCCCAGAGUCGGUCACGACUGGACCUAAUGGUCAGGGGUCCCUUUACCUUUACCUUUACUACUGAUGGAGCCCAAGACGGCGAAACAAGGCUAAUAUUCCGGAAAUCCUUGUCUUAGACUCUGUGAAAGGAUUCUGUGGAACUGUAACAACCUUUCACGUGGAUUGUUGGACUUUAUGAACAGACAGGUAGAAUAGACACUUAAACAUAUAUGGACCUUAUGCAUGAACUGAUUAGUGAUCCACUGGGUCUUCUGCUUUUUUCCUUGAACUUAAUGAGCUACGUCUGUUGAAAUCUACAAUCUGAUACAACGAACAGUAUACCUUAUUUAUUCAAAAGUAUAGCUGGUUACGUCUUGUGUGUUUAUUGACCUGAAGUGUACAGCUUGAAAAAAUAAUAAUAAUAACUAUUGCCAUGAAGGUUCCUCUUUCUCUUGACACUCUGUCCUCUCAAUAUAGAUAUCCAGCUAUGACACUUUCCCUCGCUACGGCAUCGUCACCUUUGCCACCCACAGCAAAGAGGUUUUGAGUACGACCAACCCAAAGAGCAACGAUGCCUCCUGGGUGAUUGAGCAGCUGGAGGCCCUGAAAUAUAAUGGUAAGCUGCAUUCCUGACCUCUGCUAGGGAGGUGGCUGGGGGCCUGGGCAAGAAGAAGAGUCUGGAUUUGAUAUCCCGCUUUAUCACUACCCAAAGAAGUCUCAAAGCGGCUCACAUUCUCCCUUCCUCCCCCACAACAAACACUCUGUGAGGUGAGUGGGGCUGAGAGACUUCAGAGAAGUGUGACUGGCCCAAGGUCACCCAGCAGCUGCAUGUGGAGGAGCGGAGACGCGAACCCGGUUCCCCAGAUUACAAGACUACCGCUCUUAACCACUACACCACACUGGCCAAUUCAAGGGAAUUGGGGGGGUGUAAGUUUACUGUACCUUUGGGGGACAAAUAGCAGUCUGGAGGGGGAAUAUUUGGCAAAUGGCUCCAGACUGCUUCAGCAUCCCACAACUGCUUUUCUAUCAAAACAGAAGCAGCCUGUUUGACUGUAAUUUGGCUCAGUUCACAUUUAAAGGCAAACCUGUUUGGUUUGCGCUUCCCAGAAACACACACAAACCAAGGCACGGCCGCCCUUUGAAAUUCAUACUUCUCUAGGAUAGCUCAGUUGGUAGAGCAUAAGGUAAAGGGACCCCUGACCAUUAGGUCCAGUCGUGGCUGACUCUGGGGUUGCGGCGCUCAUCUUGCUUUAUUGGCCGAGGGAGCCAGCGUACAGCUUCCAGGUCAUGUGGCCAGCAGGACCAAGCUGCUUCUGGCAAACCAGAAACGCCGUCUACCUUCCCGCCGGAGCGGUACCUAUUGAUCUACUUGCACUUUGAUGUGCUUUCAGACUGCUAGGUUGGCAGGAGCAGGGACCGAGCAACGGGAGCUCACCCCGUUGCGGGGAUUCGAACUGCCGACCUUCUGAUUGGCAAGUCCUAGGCUCUGUGGUUUAACCCCCAGCGCCACCCGUGUCCCUAGAGCAUAAGACUCUUACGCAUAAGAGUUGUGGUUUUGAGUCCUACAUUGGACAAGGAUUCCUGCAUUGCAUGGACUAGAUGACCCUUGUGGUCCUUUCCAACUCUACAAUUCUAUAAAUAAUCUCUGAAUUCUGCAAUGCCGUUCUCAGGCCAAGUGGCGUGUACAAUAGGUCAUUUGCUAGGGCCAGUUUUGUGUAUAAAUGCAUCUUUCUGCAUGAAAACAAUGUACGGCAAUGCAUUAUACUGGGGAACACGGCUUUGCAAAGAGAAAGUAUGAAUUUUUAGGGGAUUUUCCAUGAAGUGAUGCAGAAAUGUGGAAAUCUGAACUGAAGGCCUGGAAAAAUGAGAAACCCAAAUUGGCACAUUUGCCCAUCGCUAAUUGUAGAGGCCUGUUUUUUCCCCCCCUACAAGGAAGCCCCUGAGGCCUACUGAGGCUUUCCUCAGCUAUCCACCUAGUGGGUUGUUUGCCAUGAGCUGAAUCAUUCUUCUUCUUCCUGCAGAACACAAGCUAAAGCCUGGAACCAACAUUUACAAAGGUCUGGAUGCUGUCUAUAAGAUGAUGAUCAACCAGCAAGAGGACCAACUGAGGGAGGGGUUGGAUCCUGCUCCUAUUGCCACCACCACCCGCCAUGUUAUCCUCCUCUUGACUGACGGUGAGACCGUAAGGAAGGGGGAAUGUUACCUGCAUCGCCACCUUUCCUCCUCCUUUUAAAAAGAAUUAUUAGAACAAUGAUUUCAGAAAUCGCUUUGUUUAUUUUGAAUUUCUGUCCCAUCCUUCCUCCCAAAGAAGCCCAGUUCCCAGCAAAAACAUACAUGAUAAAAUGUCUUUUAAAAACAGUUCCGGUACAGGUGCAAGCUGGGAAAUACCUCUACUUAAAAGGCUUGCUGCCUUUCCUUCUUCUUUUUACCCAUAAUGGGUCCACAAAAAGUGCCUCUGAGCAUGUGUGCUAUUCUAUUCCUAGGUGACUGCAACAUGAGUGGAUGGCAAGGGGGCGGGGGGGGGCUUACCCCAAAUCCUGUCUUUGAGAAAAUCUCUCUAGCCAGGGACCAAUGUUUUUGGCCUGUUUUUAAAGGGUAAGGUAAGGGUCGCGGGUGGUGCUGUGGGUUAAACCACAGAGCCUAGGGCUUGCCAAUCAGAAGGUCGGCGGUUUGAAUCCCCGCGACGGGGUGAGCUCCCGUUGUUCGGUCCCUGCUCCUGCCAACCUAGCAGUUCGAAAGCACGUCAAAGUGCAAGUAGAUAAAUAGAUACUGCUCUGGAGGGAAGGUAAACGGUGUUUCCGUGCGCUGCUCUGGUUUGCCAGAAGCGGCUUAGUCAUGCUGGCCACAUGACCCGGAAGCUGUACGCUGGCUCCCUCGGCCAAUAAAGAGAGAUGAGCGCCGCAACCCCAGAGUCGGUCACGACUGGACCUAAUGGUCAGGGGUCCCUUUACCUUUACCUUUUAAGGGUAAGGUGUCCCCGAUAAUGUGCAAAGCAUCUUUCCUCUCUGGAGAGACUGUUGGCCAAGACUCCCUUCAAAACGGUUCCAAACAAUGGCAUUUAGCAGAACAUCCAGCUUAACAGGGACCCUCUUCCUCUGAGUACAGUGGUACCUCAGGUUACAUACGCUUCAGGUUACAUACGCUUCAGGUUACAGACUCCGCUAACCCCAAAAUAGUGCUUCAGGUUAAGAACUUUGCUUCAGGUUGAGAACAGAAAUCAUGCUCCUGCGGCGCGGCAGCAGCAGGAGGCCCCAUUAGCUAAAGUGGUUAAGAACAGUUUCAGGUUAAGUACAGACCUCCGGAACGAAUUGUGGGCUUCCUAGGGGCCUGCCAGAAACACAAGACUGUUAAAAGUGGAGUUUUGUUUGCUCCAAUGGGGCUCCCUUAAUUAUGGCCUUGUAGUCUUUCCCUCCAAAAGCUGGAGGGCAUUCCAGUACAAUCUCUUCUACGCUCACCAAAUUCUCUCCCUUUCCCCUCGUCCCAGGAGACUACAACAUGGGAGGGACCCCUGUUCCUGUCAUUGGGAGAAUCAAGGAGUUCCUCAAUAUUCCCGGCCAGCCUGCUCGUAAUGACUUCUUGGGUAAGACACGUCCCGUCACAAUGAUGCAUGCUGGGCUUUGUGGGGGUGGGGGUGGGGGCAGGAAUAGUAAAGGGCAGCAAUGACCUAGACCACCAUUAGAGAAUGGUAUCAUAGAAUUCCAGAGUUGCGUGGCGAGUUCCUGCCUCCCCCCCAGUGGAAAUAAAGACACAUGACACAAUUAUUUAGGUUAAUGGGCAAAAAAUGGCCACAGUUUUAUUGGUUACAGGUAAUGAGUGGUAUUGGCUUAGGCAUUGGUCCUAACCGACUAUCCGGCUUCAGCCUGCCUGCUUGAAGUCCGGGAAGGGUUAACCACCAGUAGGGGGAGUCUUGCUGAUGCACAUCAACUAGGAACUCCCCUGGGGUCACCGCUCGGGGGCGUGCCUUAGGCCCUCACCUCCAUAAGCUUCGGACAGGGCCACACCCCCGGAAUCCUUUAUCGGACUACCCUUCAAUAUGCGGGGCAGGUGAUGGCGCUUCCUCCCCUCUCUCAUCUACAUAACAAUACCCUUACCAAUGCCUAACUGCCAAUGCCGAAGAAGUUGUGAUGAUUUGCUACGAGGUAGGCGAAAAACCAUCAAGGGACGCGGGUGGCGCUGUGGGUUAAACCACAGAGCCUAGGACUUGCCAAUCAGAAGAUCGGCAAGUCAAAUCCCCGUGACGGGGUGAGCUCCUUGCAAGUAGAUAAAUAGGUACCACUCUGGCGGGAAGGUAAACGGCGUUUCCGUGUGCUGCUCUGGUUCGCUAGAAGCUGCUUAGUUAUGCUGGCCACAUGACCUGGAAGCUGUACACCGGCUCCCUCGGCCAAUAAAGCGAGAUGAGCGCCUCAACCCCAGAGUCGGUCAUGACUGGACCUAAUAGUCAGGGGUCCCUUUACCUUUACCUAGGCGAAAAACCUAGCCAAUUUGCCAAGUGGAAAAAAUUCCUACCAGGCCCCUUAACAGCGACCAACCGAGGUCCAUAGCAAUGUCGGAAACCUAAAGGUCGGGAGGAUGGGAAACCGGAGCAGCUGAAGCAGCCAAAAGAGGGAGAUCCCCGGCCGCUCCAGCACUAAAUAGCGCAGGCCACGCCCCCAGGCCAGCCGAUUGGCUGGCCAGGUGAUGACGCGGCCAGGGAUUCCCUCAGUCGCGCGGAGGCUGAGAGCCAGCCCCCCGCGCACGUGGAGGGGGCAUGAAGCCCACAACCCCACCUCCUCUCCAGCUCGGAAGUGGCUUUGUCCAACCUUGUCCAACCUCCUGCAAUGGAGGAAUCUUUUGCCCAAAGUGGGGCUGAAACCCACGACCCAGAGAUUAAUAAGAGUCUCAUGCUCUACCGGCUGAGCCACUCACGGCUACUUUUCAUCUUGACUCAUUUUACCUUCCAAAUCUACAAUUCCAGGAUAUUUCAUUCAUGCUAUCAUAUAUCUUGCCUGUACAUUAGCUUUGGUCAUUCCCACUACUAUCAUUUAAGGUGAUUUUUUUUUUGUCAAGCAAAUGUUUAGGCACCAAAUGUGGAUGGCAAGCUGCAUUUAUCCUGUAUACCAUAUAAAACAAUAUAAUGUAAUAAUAAUAAUAAUAGUUAUUAUUUAUUUAUUUAUUUAUUUAUUCCCCAGCCACUCUGGGUGGCUUCCAAAAAAAUAUUUAAAAACUGUAAUACACCAAACAUUAAAAGCUUCCCUAAACAGGGCUGCCUUCAGAUGUCUUCUAAAAGUCAGGUAGUUGUUUAUCUCUUUGACAUCUGGUGGGAGGGCAUUCCACAGGGUGGGUGCCACUACCGAGAAGGCCCUCUGCCUGGUUCCCUGUAACUUGGGCUUCUCGCAGUGAGGGAACCGCCAGAAGGCCCUCGGUGCUGGACCUCAGUGUCCGGGUAGAUCGAUGGGUGGAGAUGCUCCUUCAGAUAUACUGGACCAAGGCUGUAUAACUGUGUGUGCAUGUGUACACGUAUGUACACACACACACACACACACACACACACACACACACACAGCAUAACAGUUGGCAUAAAUCAAUUCACGGUCUACAGCACCACAAAGAGGACAGGGCUGAAGAACACUGCUCUAUGAAUCCAUGGAGCGACAACUCUUUGGCAAGACGUUAUCUCUUUGACUUGUUACCAUGUGUCCUUGGCUGCAUAUGCUGGUUUUCACAUGCACAGGAGGAACAAAUAUUUUGCAUCUGUAGUUCAGGGUCACAGUCCGCUACGGGAUGAAUUUAUACGUUUGCCAAGGGGGAUCAGAAGUCGUACUACGAAAAGGGCAUAGAAUGAAAGAGGCUGCCUUAUUUCAGAGGUACUUCUUCCAUGAACUACUGUGGCACAGGAAGGCCUUUUGCCCUCUGUCGCAUGCUGGUUGUUGUUGGUUGUUUUCUUUUCUUCAUGUGGGAGCCUUAGAAAUUCUUGACUCACCCUUGCCUUCCACCCCCCACUUGUGCCUAGACGUUUACAUCUUUGGUAUUGGGUCCAUGGUCGCUAUAGAGAAUGUGAACGCCUUGGCAUCUCAGAAGCCGGGCGAAAGGCACGUCUUCAAGCUCAAAGACUACGAUGAAGUACGGGAUGCCUUUGAAGAAAUGAUUGGUAAGGCAAACCUCCAUUUCAGGGAUUUCGGCACUCCCCCAACUUGUCCUUCAACAUUUCCUUUCCCAGAAAUAUCUGACUCUCAGGCUCCUCUCCAUUCCUCGUCCUUGGUAUCUAUGACACAGCAAAGAUAAGUUUCUCAAAGGCCAACUCAAAUCCCCAUUUUCCACAUCAGCUUUUCUCUCAUUGCAGAGGAUACUGGGAAAUGUUUGAGAGCACCUACACCACACUGGCCACUCCUACAGGUCUUAGUGCUACUCAGCUUGAGCAGAAAGUGCCAUAAUGGCCAGUAGCUUGAGUGGAUUAGAACCAUACAUGAAAAACAUUAGCCAUGGAACUAGGGAACCUGGCCUUCCAGAAAAGCACCUGGCUGGCUGGCUGGCGUAGAAAGCAGCGUGUCAGGCCCUUGGCCUCAUCCAGUACUUCUUCUGCCCUUUAGCAGCCCCUCAACACUGGCUCAAUGUAUAACCAAGAAGCUGGUGCUCUCAGCUGCCUCCUCCUGUCAGUCCCCACCACUUCCUUUCCCAGAGGAACCCAGGAGUCCUGACCCUUUUGCCUCCUUCUCAACUCACGAAGCCCCUCUCUCCUUUCCUGGGGAGCUGAAGGUGACACCGCUUUCUCUUUUCAGAUGAGAGUCAGGUUCUGUCCAUGUGUGGCUUGGCCAAGGAGCACACGCAAGCGAGAGACCAAGAGAAGAAUCCCUGGCACGUCACAAUCAGCAUCCGGGUGAGAGAGGAACAAAUGAGAAGGAGACAAGGGUUUUCUGCAGUAGCAAUCUGAUGGAGAUGUGGUUCUUUAGUGACGGCCUGGUGGAUAUCUGGUUUGGGUUCAUGGCUUCUGGAGCCUCUGAGUAGACAGAGAAUGUUCGACCCAAGCAUAGUGCCAGCUAUGGCAUCCCCUGGCUAAGGAGGGUCCUUGUGAAACUUGCUGGGUGGAAGUAUGGUGUGGUUGCUUAGCAACCACAGGGCCUGCUUUUCAGCCAUCUCCUGCACAGCACCUCUUUGUCCCAAUCUACAUACAGCAGACCCUCCAAGUGCCCCUAUUUUCCAGGGACAGUCCCAGAUUUAGACGCCGUCCUGAUAUCUGAUUUGAUCCUGGAAUGUCCUGCUUUUCCUUAGGCCGUUCCUAUUUUUGUUAGAGAAAUGUUGGAGAGAAUGGAAUAGGAUGUCCCUAUUUUCAUUGGAGAAAUGUUGGAGCAUAUAGAAUAAAAAGGUAAAGGACCCCUGACAGUUAACUCCAGUCGCAAACGACUCUGGGGUUGCGGCACUCAUCUCGCUUUACUGUCCGAGGGAGCCGAUGUUUGUCCACAGACAGUUUUUCUGGGUCAUGUGGCCAGCAUGACUAAGGCGCUUCUGGCAAAACCAGAGCAGCACACAGAAAUGCCGUUUACCUUCCCCCCGGAGCGGUACCUAUUUAUCUAUUUGCACUUUGACGUGCUUUCAAACUGCUAGGUUGGCAGGAGCUGGGACCGAGCAACGGGAGCUCACCCCGUCGCGGGGAUUCGAACCACCGACCUUCCGAUCGGCAAGCCCUAGGCUCAGUGGUUUAGACCACAGCACCACCCGCAUCCCUCACAGCGCACCUAUAGAAUAGGAUGUCCCUAUUUUAUCCGACAAGUGAUGGAGGAGACGUCCCUAUUUUCAUCAGAGAAAUGUUGUAGGGGAUUCAUACAGUAUUAUGCAGAAUGAGGUAAUAGGAAGAGAUGGUAGAAUUCUGGACUGUACCACUUCAGACAGAACAGGGGUGAGGAAUCUGUGGCCUAACCACGAGGAAACAACAUAAUACCCAAGCCCUAGCCUUGUGCAAGAUACAGUGUGGUGGUGGUGGGGGCACCAGGAUUCAUUUUCACCCCAGGUGGGCAUGUAGAGCUGACGCUAUCCAACAAGCCAAGUUUAGGAUUGCCACAUAUUUUCCAUGGGGCUGGUCCUCUGUUCCUUCAACUGCUGACAGAAAUUCAGUAGCUAUAGUUUCCUCAUCCUUGACUCUCUGUCAUAGCGAUAAGGUCCACCUGUUGAAUUUCGGCCUUCAAUACUGCUUUUUCUUGGCUGGACUUGUGACGGCCUACUUGAAGUUGUCUACGGUUGCAAUCCUAUGCACCCUUCCAGAAAAUAUAAGCUCCAUGGAACCCAGUGGGAGUUGCUUCCACAUAAACAUGCAUAGGAUUGUCUGCGUGUUGCUCUUUUUUAUUACUAUUAUUUUAUUUGCUCAACACACAACAAAAAAAGGACAAAAUGAACCAUAGUGAAAGCACCAUCAGUUGCGCCUUACAUAGAGAGUUAAUAUAAGUUUCAUAAUCAAUCAACUGUAAUGGUCUCUUCUUUAUAAACCCAACUUCCCAUCUACUCCAUAAAUCAAAUUACCAUUCUUUACUGCCCAUACAUGUUAUUACUGUCAUUUCACAUCACGUUCAAAAUAUGUUAAAUCAAACGAUAUUGCUUGAGUUAUUCAAAUCCUGCUACGGCUUCUAGGUCAGUAUUAUUAAUUUUCAAAUAUAUUUUAAAUACUUCCCAUUUUGAAAUGAAAUCUUUCCUUGGUUUGUUCUUUAAUAUUUCAGAUAAACUAUCUAAUUCAGCAUAAUCGAUCAUUUUAUGGACCUACUCUUGUCUUGAGGGAGCUUUUCCACUUUUCCACAUUGUAGCUAUAAGAACCCUCACCACCGUUGCGUAGAGAAAAAUAUCAUUAAUUUUUUUGGGAAAAUCCAUGUGAAUAAUACCCAGUAAAUAUGCCUCUGGCUUAAUGUUAAAGGAGAUUCUUAACAUCAUUUCGAGUUCCCAGAAAGUUUUGAUUUUAUUGCAUUGCCACCAUACAUGAUAGAAGGAUCUGUCUUAGUGUUGCUCUUACCUGUCUGUUCUGCUUUCCUCUUUCAAAUCAAAGCGUCCUGGAAGGGGAUUUGAACACUGCAAAGGAUCCCUUGUCUCCGAGUAUUAUGUCUUGACAGCAGCCCACUGCUUCACCAUAGUUGACAAAGCUGAGGAGAUCACAGUCACGUUAGGUAAGCCAAAUUCUCUCAAGCUGGGAAGGACCAGAGUUCCCAGAUAGGGGUGUGUGUGUGUGUGAGGGAAAACGUGAUGUGGUUUCCUCUUGUGCCUUUUUAACAGGAACCAGGUGAGCAGAAAACAGAGGGCAUGUUUUUGAUCACUGAAAUAUACUCAGAGUCGAGAGUGGAUUUCAUGCUCUUUAUUCAGCUCAUAGUGGUGAGGAGGAAUGAAUGAAUGUCCCCUCAAAGUAUCUGCUUUAUAUGCAUUAUUUACACAAUGGGCUGCACAUGAUUGGCUAAUUCCGGAAUUCUCCUGUAGGCCAAUCAGGUUGUGGAUUCACUUCCAUCUGGAGCCGGAUUGGGUAGCUCCUGCAGACCAAUCAUACUGCUGCAUUCUGAAUCCUAUUGUUCUAGGACCAAUCAGACUGCUGCAUUCUGAAUCCUAUUGUUCUAGGACCAAUCAGACUGCUGCAUUUUGGAUCCUAUUCAACUCAGUACAUAACAGUCACCUGGUGACAAGCACUGCAGGCAGCAGCAUUUACUGGAACUCUGCAUUUAAUUCUCAUCUUCUCCGUCUAGGUGAGAAUCAGCGCUUCGAAGUGGCUGCAGUCCGAUCGCACCCACUGUACCAGAUUGGGAAGCUAAAAGAUCGUGGAAUCUCUGAAUUCUAUGAUUAUGAUGUCGCCCUGGUGAAACUCGCCAAAAAAGUCAUACCCUCUGUUUCUGCAAGGUGAGGUGGAGAGGGAGAGAAAAUGUUGGUUUUCCAUUGGGACUCUGAUUAAAAGGGAGACACACACCCGUGCCCGAGUGAAAUAUCUGUGUUCUAGGCCCAAGCAACAAACAAUCAGCAGCAAAUAAGCCAAGUUUCAGCUGCAGUUUUACAAAACACAAGGGAUAUGAGAUUGUAGUGUAGCAUCUUGAAAAUGUGUGGUUUUCAAAUAUUUAAAAGCAAGCUAUUGCUCCUUAAUAAUAAGUAAAUGAUAGUAAGUUGUGGUCAGGCUGGAUUCUGACACCUUUCAUGGGUUAGAGACCUUUACAUCUGCUGCUGUGGGCUCUAGUCUGCAAAAUCCGCUCCACUUCCCAGUGGGGAGGAGUUGCGGUGGACUGCAUGGCCACCCACUCCCCACCGGGGGCGGGGGACUUUGUUAGAGCCCGGCCAGCCAAUCCGCUGGCCGGGGGGCAUGGCCAGGGCCGUUUAAACGGAGGAGCGAGCCAGAGGACUUCCUCUUUGGCUCACUUCCUCAAUCCCCCGCCCUCCCUCCCUAUUUUGCAGGUUAGGCUAUGGCCUUGCUAUGGACUUUGGUUGGUCGCCUUGGUUGUCCGAGGGGCCUGGUAGGAAUUUUUCCACUUGGCAAAUUGGCGCUGGCCACUUGGUUUUCGCCUACCUCGUAGCAAUCAUCACAACUUUGUUAGGGUUGCGGUUAGGCAUUGUUUGACCUUGUGAUGGGGGAGGGGAGGUGUGGCCAUCACCUGCCCCUCCAUGCUUAAGGGUAUUCCGUUAAAAGAAUCCGGGGGUGUUGAUCUUGUCCGAAGCCUGGGUCAGGGGCUAGGGCCAUGACACGACCCCGACGGGAACACCAGGGGGAGCUUGAGUUGGUUCGCAUCGACAGGGCUCCCUCUACCGGUGGCUUACCCUUACUGGACUUCCUGCGCAUCGGGCAGGAGUCAGAUAUAGUCAGGUCCAAUCAAUGCCUAAGCCAAUACCGCUCACUUUCUGUAAUUUCAAUAAAGUUGUGGCCAAAAUGUGCCCAAUAACAUAACCCUAAUAUCUGUGUCCUUGUGUGAGUUAUUUUCAACGAGGGGGUGGCUGCGGGGUCUCGACACGCAACUUGGGCCAUAAUAAUUUUCUCGUUGUUAAGCUUCUGCAAACUUCCUUGCUGUUGUUAUUUUGUAGUGAGGGAAAUGCACUCUGCACAACCUUAGGAACACUUUUGUCUAUUUGCACGUUAUGGCUGAUCCCCGACAUUACCUGCCGAUGUCCUAUCAUCUCUCUGAGGUCUGAGCUCUGGUGCAAAUUAAUCCUUGGUUGUGAAGUGGGGUAUGUCCCACGACCGAGGCAGUGACCAAAGGCUUCCAAUAGGAAGCUUUUACACUGCCCGAGUAAACUGCAAACAAUCCUGAUAAGUGGGAAAGUUCUACGUCCUUCUCCAGGGCCGGUGCUGGUGCUCUGCUAACUUCUCUCUGGUGAUUCCUCUUCACAGGCCAAUCUGCCUCCCCUGUACGGCUGGGACCACCCGGGCUCUGAGGAAGCCCCACCCACAGACCACCUGCAGGAAUCAUGGUAAGAAGAGCAGGCCUGUUUGCGUGAAUGGCCAACCUACUGCAGAGGUACCACAGAGGUGGUACAAGCAGCAGACUUUGUGGCAUGCCUAGCAAACAGGGUGUGAGCUGGCUUCUGGGGGACAGAGUCAGACCUACACUUGUCCCUCUUUCUCCAGCACUGCAUUGUUGUCUCCCCUCCAGCUCAGUAGACUAGAGCCAAACCCAUCCUAAAAACUCAGGGUUGUGUGUGCACACUUAUAAUGUACAGUGGUGCCCCGCAAGACGAAUGCCUCGCAAGACGAAAAACCCGCUAGACGAAAGGGUUUUCCGUUUUUGAGUUGCUUCGCAAGACGAAUUUCCCUAUGGGCUUGCUUCACAAGACGAAAACGUCUUGCGAGUCUUGCGAUUUUUUUCGCUCCCCCCCCCUUUUUCUAAGCCGCUAAGCCGCUAAUAGCCUUUUAGCCGCUAAGCCGCUAAGCCUUUAAUAGCCGCUAAACCGCUAAUAGCGCUAAUCCGCUAAGCCGCUAAUAGGGUUGCUUCGCAAGACGGAAAAAACCGCUAGACGAAGAGACUCGCGGAACGGAUUAUUUUCGUCUUGCGAGGCACCACUGUAGUGUGGUACACACAGCAGAAGUGACCUGGAAACUGCAACUAAUCCAGAAUGCGGCAGCUAGACUGGUGACUGGGAGCAGCCGCUGAGACCACAUAACACCGGUCCUGAAAGACCUACAUUGGCUCCCAGUACGUUUCCGAGCACAAUUCAAAGUGUGGGUGCUGACCUUUAAAGCCCUAAAUGGCCUCGGUCCAGUAUACCUGAAGGAGCCUCUCCACCCCCAUCGUUCUGCCCGGACACUGAGGUCCAGUGCUGAGGGCCUUCUGGCGGUUCCCUCACUGCAAGAAGUGAGAUUACAGGGAACCAGGCAGAGGGCCUUCUCGGUAGUGGCGCCCGCCCUGUGGAAUGCCCUCCCAUCAGUUGUCAAGGAAAUAAACAUCUGAAGGCAGCCCUGUAUAGGAAAGUUUUUAAUGUUUUAUGGUUUAUUGUAUUUUAAUAUUCUGUUCUGAACUGCCCAGAGUGGCUGGGCAACCCAGCCACAUGGGUGGGGUAUAAAUUAUUACAGUGGUACCUCAGGUUACAUACGCUUUAAGUUACAUACGCCUCAGGUUUCAGACUCCGCUAACCCAGAAAUAGUGCUUCAGGUUAAGAACUUUGCUUCAGGAUGAGAACAGAAAUCGUGCUCCGACGGUGCGGUGACAGCAGCAGGCCCCAUUAGCUAAAGUGUUGCUUCAGGUUAAGAACAGUUUCAGGUUAAGAACGGACCUUCAGAACGAAUUAAGUACUUACCUCGGGUUAAGUACUUAAUUUGUUCUGGAGGUCCUUUCUUAACCUGAAACUGUUCUUAACCUGAGGUACCACUUUAGCUAAUAGGGCCUCCUACUGCUGCUGCGCUAUUUCUGUUCUCAUCCUGAAGCAAAGUUCUUAACCCGAGGUACUAUUUCUGGGUUAGCAGAAUCUGUAACCUGAAGCAUAUGUAACCUGAAGCAUAUGUAACCCGAGGUACCACUAUAUUAUUAUUAUUAUUAUUAUUAUUAUUAUUAUUAUUAUUAUAUUCUGUCUCAUCCUUGAUUUGCCUGGACUUGUGGCAGACUUGCCCCAAAGGUUGGCCACCCAUGAUCUUGACCCUUGCCGGGUUCUCUCUCUUUUUCCCCUUUCCCCCACCCACAGUUUCUAGCCUUCUCAGUAUACCUCCAUCAUGUUAAGAGGAGCCCCGCUGGAUCAAGCCCCCGGGCCCAUCUUCUCCUCUUUCAACAGCAGGACCCAACCUCUUUGUGCUCUUUUAUUUCCCCAGAGGAAUUGCUAUUGACCAUUGGAAACGUCCCGUCGUUUUUUGUGACCGACUGUAAGCACGAGGACGUACAGGCCAAGGGGCUGUCUCGCAAGACAGUGAAAAUCAGGAAUAGUGAAAAGGUGAGAAGGGAGAACUGCGCCAGGAUACCCCAGUACCUACACCAGUGUGGUGUAGUGGUUAAGAGCGGUAGUCACGUAAUCUGGGGAACCGGGUUCGCGUCUCCGCUCCUCCACAUGCAGCUGCUGGGUGACCUUGGGCCAGUCACACUUCUGUGAAGUCUCUCAGCCCCACUCACCUCACAGAGUGUUUGUUGUGGGGGAGGAAGGGAAAGGAGAAUGUGAGCCGCUUUGAGACUCCUUAAAGGGAGUGAAAGGCGGGAUAUCAAAUCCAAACUCUUCUUCUUCUUCUUCUUCUUUUUGACUCGGGGACCACUAGCAAUAUUCAGGCGUCUUAUAAAAAAUAUGCAAGAGCAAGAACCCAAGUGAUGACUCUCAUUUAUCCUCAGGACAGAGGUAGCCAAUGUUGUCCUCUCCAGACCUUGCUGGAGUCCCAACUCCCAUCGGCUGGCAUAAUGGUCGGAUGGUUGGAGUUGUGGUCCGUCAACAUCAGGAAGCCACCAGAUUGGCCACUCCUGCUGUAAGACUCUCCACUUCUGCCAUGUGGAAUUGCCUCCCUGGAGAGACUCAUUGCCGCUUGCCUGUUUUAUCUCAACAGGCUUCCUCUGGUUGCAAAUUUUAAUCGCUGCUGGUUUGCUACGCUUUGUUAUUUUAGCCUUGAGUAUGGAUGUUUUUCUGGGACGCAGGUGGCGCUGUGGGUUAAACCACAGAACCUAGGACUUGCUGAUCAGAAGGUCGGCAGUUCGAAUCCCCGCGAUGGGGUGAGCUCCCGUUUCUCAGUCCCUGCUCCUGCCAACCUAGCAGUUCAUGGACCUGCUCCUGCCAACUUAGUCCAUGCAAUGCAGGAAUCCUUGUCCAAUGUAGGACUCAAACCCACAACUCUGAGUCUUAUGCAUAAGAGUCUUAUGCUCUAGGGACACGGGUGGCGCUGUGGGUUAAACCACAGAGCCUAGGACUUGCUGAUCAGAAGGUGGGCAGUUCGAAUCCCCGCGACAGGGUGAGCUCCCAUUUCUCGGUCCCUGCUCCUGCCAACCUAGCAGUUCGAAAGCACGUCAAAGUGCAAGUAGAUAAAUAGGUACCGCUGUGGCGGGAAGGUAAACGGCGUUUCCGUGCGCUGCUUGGUUCGCCAGAAGCAGCUUAGACAUGCUGGCCACAUGACCCAGAAGCUGUACGCCGGCUCCCUCGGCCAACCCCAGAAUCGUCCACAACUGGACCUAAUGGUCAGGGGUCCCUUUACCUUUACCUUUAUGGAUGUUUUUGUUGAUAUUUUUGCUCGGCAAAAAAAGCAAAAAAGCAGCGCUGAGCUAGAGCAUUUUAAAGCACAGACCCGUGCCUUGAAACACAAAAAGGAUUAAUGGACUAUGCUGAACUGGAUAAGAUGACAGGAAGGAUUUGAAACCGGAGGGAUCUCAGAAGACUGGAGUAAAUAUGUGAACUAUUUGAAAAGCAACUGUAAUCAACAGAUUACGCUAGCAGGAUUGCAAUAAGUUUUGUAAGGAGGACUAUGCGAAAUAUUGCAGAGAAAAUUUAGGAAUAGAAAUUAUUCGUUAAGGAUUAUUAAAAAGUAAUAGUGAAAUUAAUGAAAUGCAGAUUAUUAAAAAGUAAUAGUGAAAUUACUGAAAUGCAGGCUUCGGGAUGCAGGCAGCUCUGCGCAAGCCUAGGAAGCCCGGCGCGACUUCCCGUCGGGCUCCCACGGCUUGCGGAUAGCUUCCUGAAGCCUGGAGAGCGAGAGGGGUCGGUGCGCACUGACCACUCUCGCUCUCCAGGCUUCAGCGAAAGCCUGCAUUCCCCCCAUAGGACACACACACAUUUCCCCUUCAUUUUUGGAGGGGGAAACGUGUGUCCUAUAGGGCGAAAAAUACGGUAUGUGACGACAGGUGCACGAAUGUUGUUAGCCCAGGGAUGGAAAGAAGAUAAAGUUCCUACUAGAGAAGAAUGGCUAAUUAAAUUGUUGGACUAUGCCGAAAUGGCAGAACUGACCGGAAAGCUCAGGAACUAGGAAGAGCAAAACUUUAAUAAGGAAUGGGAAAAACUUUAAAAUUUACCUUGAUGACUACUGUAAGCAGUUGAAAACACUAGCAAGACUGCAAUAACGCUUGUAAAUGUAACAAGAACUAUGGACAUCAUGGAGUUAUAAAAAACUUGAUUAUUGAAAAAAGAUGCAGUAGAAAUAAGAAGUAAUAAUAAACUUUCACUUAUACCCCGCCCUUCCCGGUUCCGAAAACCGGGCUCAGGGCGGCUAACAACAAAUUUAAAACACUUAAUUGUAAAAGCAGCAUAAAAUACAGUAUAAAAACAUGAAUAACAAUAAAAUUCAAAGUUCAGAAAUCAAUUUGGGGAAAAUCCAUCUAAUAAGCAUUAGAUAAUCACCAGGUCUAGCUGGUUGAAUUGGUCCUACUUGGUCUAGCGAAGAGGUCAGGGGAGAAUUAGCUGUGGGGUCUCAGAGUGGGUGAUCUUCAUAAAAGGGGAGGGGGGGAAGAGAAGGGAAAUAAAAGAUCAGGCUGAAUGCAAAUUAAAGGCCAGGCGGAAUAGCUCUGUCUUACAGGCCCGACAGAAGGAGGUUAAAUCCUGAAGGGCCCUAGUCUCAUGGGACAGAGCAUUCCACCAGGUCGGAGCCAUCACUGAAAAGGCCCUGGCCCUGGUGGAGGAUAGUCUGACUUCCUUAGGGCCUGGGACCUCUAAACUAUGGUUAUUCAUGGACCUUAAGGUCAACUGCAGGGCAUACCAGGGGAGGCAGUCCCGUAAAUACGAGGUAGAAAAGGUUUAACAGCAGAAUGCAUGGAGUGGAAAGUGGGAAGUCCAGAGAUUUGGAGGAAUCUUAUAACUGUGGAUGUGUUGUGGUAUUAUUUUAAUUUUAAAUUUGUAAAACCAAAUAAUUUUUAUUAUUUUUUUGGUGGGGGAAAAUGUGGAUAAGCCCUGCUAGCAGUAAACCCACCUUUCCUCCUCUCCCCUCAGAAAAUUGGCUGCGAAGCAGACGCCAAGAAAGCCUCCCAGUACGUAAACGUCACGGACGUCUCCCAGGUGGUGACUGAACGCUUCUUAUGCACAGGGGGCGCUGACCCUGAAGUGGACCCCAACACUUGCAAAGGUGAGGAACAGCACCUCCUCCUAGGACACCCCAGGAACCACAGCCAGGGCUGCCUUUGCGGACUUGCUUCAAGUUUCACAUUAAGGCUGCGUUCGCAGAAAAACGUGAAUUGCUUUUAGGGGGACAGUUCAGGACUUGAACGUGCUUGCUUCUUUCCCCAGAGAGUAAAGUCCAGUGAGGAUACCCCUCUAGUUGUCUGGGCUCUGCUUCUUCUUGCAGAAGUCUUCUUCUUUGGCGAUCAUAGAAUCAUAGAGUUGGAAGAGACCACAAGGGCCAUCGAGUCCAACCCCCUGCCAAGCAGGAAACACCAUCAGAGCACUCCUGACAUAUGGUUGUCAAGCCUCUGCUUAAAGACCUCCAAAGAAGGAGACUCCACCACACUCCUUGGCAGCAAAUUCCACUGUCAAACAGCUCUUACUGUCAGGAAGUUCUUCCUAAUGUUUAGGUGGAAUCUUCUUUCUUGUAGUUUGGAUCCAUUGCUCCAUGUCCGCUUCUCUGGAGCAGCAGAAAACAACCUUUCUCCCUCCUCUAUGUGACAUCCUUUUAUAUAUUUGAACAUGGCUAUCAUAUCACCCCUUAACCUCCUCUUCUCCAGGCUAAACAUGCCCAGCUCCCUUAGCCGUUCCUCAUAAGGCAUCGUUUCCAGGCCUUUGACCAUUUUGGUUGCCCUCCUCUGGACACGUUCCAGUUUGUCAGUGUCCUUCAUAGCCGAGUAAGAUUGUCUUCCAUAAACACGUUUUAACAAUGAGUCCAUAAGUGACUGUGAAGGCCAAUUCUGGAUCCACACGUCCUUCCACAGUGGGGACAUUGGUUUCCGGGUGGGAGCUGAUCACGGUGUGGAUUUGCCAAGCAUGUCUUCCUCUUAGCACGUUUCUCCCUUGCGUCCUGAGUUCGAGUGUCUUCAAAGCCCGUGACCCCUUUGGUAAAGGCUGUACUUCAAUUGGAGCGCUCGCAGGCCAGUGUUUCACGGUUGUCAGUGUUUAUACUACUUUUUUUUUUAGAUUUGCCUUGAGUCUUUGAACCUCUUUUGUUGACCACCAGCGUUACACUUUCCAUUUUUAAGUUUGGAAUAGAGUAGUUACUUUGGAAGAUGAUAAUCAGCCAUCUGCACAACAUGACCAGUCCAACGAAGUUGAUGUUGAAGAAUCAUUGCUUUGACACUGGUGAUCUUUCCUUCUUCCAGUACACUAGCAUUAGUCUUCCCAGGCGAUGUGUAAAACUUUUCAUAGACACCGUUGGUGGUCUUGCGGAAGCAGACAGCUGCCCAUGUAUGUGUUGGGAGAAGCUGCCCCAUUGCCCGCGUUGAAGUAAGACCACAUAUCUAAAGCAGCGUGGCAUCAUUUAACACAUUGGUGGCUUCUCCGGAACGCAAAGGGUGCUGAGAGUUGCAAGGAAUCCUGUGUUCUCCUCAGAGCGCUAAAAUUCUCACUGGUUUAAGUCAAUCCUUUUUCCCAGUCACCCAGCGUGGCUGGGGUAACCCAGUCAGAUGAACAGCAUAUAAAUAAUAAAUUAUUAUACUGUGGUAAUAAUAAUAAUAAUAAUAAUAAUUUAUUAUUUAUACCCCGCCCAUCUGGCUGGGCUUCCCCAGCCACUCUGGGCGGCUUCCAAAAGAAGAUUAAAAUACUGUGAUACCUCAGGUUAAGAACGUAAUUUGUUCUGGAGGUCCGUUCUUAACCUGAAACUGUUCUUAACCUGAAGCACCACUUUAGCUAAUGGGGCCUCCCGCUGCCGCCGCACGAUUUCUGUUCCCACCCUGAAGCAAAGUUCUUAACCUGAGGUACUAUUUCUGGGUUAGCGGAGUCUGUAACCUGAAGCGUCUGGAACCCGAGGUACCACUGUAUUAUUAUUCCCAGGGGACUCUGGGAAUUGUAGCUCCGGGAGGGGAGUAGAGGGUCUCCUUAACUACAGUCCCCUCAUUGAGUAGAACUGGAACUCUGGUACAUGUAUAUAGCUUCAGACUUGAACAUCACACACUCUCUGAUAAUUCCCUUUCCUUUUGCUUCCAGGUGACUCUGGUGGUCCCCUCAUCAUUCCUAAAAGGCAACGUUAUAUCCAGGUAAGCGUGGACUCCAACUGGCACCAGGUUUCUCUGCUGUACCCCAAGCCAUGCCACCGGUUCCAAAUGACUUGCCAGUUCCUGGUGUUCUUUAUAGGCAGGGCUUUGUGUUCCCCAAUUCUACAGCUGCACCACACAAAUGCGGCAUGGGGGGGCAGCAGAAAAGUAAUCGCAAGGCUUGGUUCUCUUUGAUAGCACACUCUGAAGGUCAAAGCAAGCUGCACAUUCAGCUGUUUCACUUUAUCCCAUUAGUAGCCUUCCCUUUCUCCCAAAGGAACCCGCUGACGCCAAAGCAGUUAAAAGGCCGAAAAACAAUUCCAAUACAGAUACAGAGCAGCAAAGAUCUUUGCUCAGAAGGCUUUCAGUAUGUGCUGAAAAGACAAGAGACAGCUCCUGUCUAAUACCGUACUGGCCCAAAUAUAAGUCACACUUUUUUUCAAAUUCCGACUGUGACAAGUUAAAGUGCGGCUUAUAUUUGUGGAUAUUUCGCCCUUCCCAUAGCAAGAAUCUCAUGAUGUUUUCAGAAAGGAGGGGGCGGAAUCUGCUCAUUGCUUCUUCCGCUCCAGACUGACUCUGUGGGAGUCUGAGUGUUAUCUGUGUAGAGAUAAGAUGACUGCUUAACGAUCUAACACUCACGCAGUCCAGAAGCCUCCUUUAGCUUUAGUUUAUCGUGUAUUUUAGUUUGCAGUAGCUGUAAAAGAAUAAAGAAGUUAAGCUGUCAUUCGUGUAAUUCAGAAUCUGCUGUGCUCUGCUGACUUUGGCGCUGACUUUUGUGCUCACAGCUCAAAGUUGUGAGUCCGUUGCACUUUGACCUGCUCUCCCGCAGUGGAAGGUCUCUGGAAGUGCUUCCCAGCUCACCUGGCCCAGUCGGGGCAGAAGAGGUUGAGCCCAGUCGUUGGCACCGGCUCAAAGGCGAAGCUGACGAUAUUCGCAACGUUACAAAAAGCCCAAUAUUGCUGCUGAGACAUACAGUGAACCCCCCUCUUAACUCCUGCUGGAGCCCUGGCAAGUGGGGGGCCGCUGGUGCUGCCACUUCACACUUCCUGCUGUGGUCCUCCUCUGUUGUUGUUGGGGGGGUUCCCGCCUGCUGCCGAGAGCGGCGGGACAGCGCCACCAGGGGCUGCCACGGUGGCGCUGCCAUGCGAUCCCCCUCUGCCUGCCUCGCCACUGUUAAUGGAGUGGGGGGCACCCGUCUGGCGCAGUGUGAGGCGAGCUAUGCGCCCCCUGCAGAAUGUCUCUUCUUGCCCAGCCACUGUUAGGGAGCAGGGGGGGUGCGCCCACCUGGUGGGGGGGAACAGGAGGUUGCGGUGGCAGGUAUUGCGUUUUUUUCUCUCCCCCCCCCCUUGAAUUUUAAAGAUGCGGCUUAUAUUCAGGCCAAUACAGUGGUACCUCAGGUUAAGAACUUAAUUCGUUCUGGAGGUCCGUUCUUAACCUGAAACCGUUCUUAACCUGAGGUACCACAUUAGCUAAUGGGGCCUCUGGCUGCCGCCGCACGAUUUCUGUUCUCAUCCUGAGGUAAAUUUCUUAACCCGAGGUACUUUUUCUGGGUUAGCGGAGUCUGUAACCUGAAGCGUCUGUAACCCGAGGUACCACUGUACGGUAUGCCUGGUAGUCUCACUCCAGCCUCUUCUUUUUUCCCCCCCUGCAGGUGGGCGUGAUCAGCUGGGGCGUGGUUGACGUUUGUAGAAACAGGAAACUGCCUGUCUGCGAAACUGGCCGCAAUCGCCACGAGGGGUUUCCUGCCCAUGCCAGGGAUUUUCACAUCAACCUCUUCAAGGUCUUGCCUUGGCUCAGGGAAGAGCUCCGGGACGAAGGACUGGAUUUCCUGUAGACUCUUCUCCCCGAUUCCCACCCCCCCCUCCACCUCGCACCUGGGGUGGUUUGUGUAAAUAGAACGCGUAUCUUGAAAUCCUGUAAAGUGAAUGCAGUUUUAACAAUUGUAUAUUAAAUUCCAUUGUGCGAAGAAAAAGGAUAAA